UUUCAUGUUAGAACAGUAAUUGGUUAACUUCCCACUUUUCUACAUCAAAAUUGUUAACACAAGAAAAUCGAUUUAAGUUUUGGAAUAUCUAAAUAUAGUAAUGGGCGUUUUAGCAACCGCUCAUAUGAUCCACAUUGUGUGCGUUGCCCGCUGGCGACGUGAGACAGCGGAUGAUCACAUUCCGGGAUUGCAUCGCCGACAGGAGAUCCAGUUUACAGGACACGAUUCCAAUUCCGGUCGCAGCGAUGUCGAUGAUAGGACCACGACAUCCGUCAAAUAUCUGGAAUCCGUGGGGUCUAUUCCACAAGCGCAGAAAUAUAACCGCCUAUUCAGAUAUUGGUGGCCAUUGAAUGUCUGCAACGACAUCCGACAGAAGCUUCCUCUGAUUAUCGAAAACUCGACACGUCCGUCAAGUAGCUGUGGAUGCCAAGGAUGAUUGGGGAUGCUCUGAUCUUCUGUUGAGUAGAACAGAUUUUGAUUUUAAAGCCUCUGUAAUUCAUGAUCAUUUGGCAUUAAUCAUGAAAAUAUAACAUUUUAUAUAAAUGUUUUCGUAUAAUUUAUACGAACUAUAA